AUGCAAGUGUUCGGCUUUGGCAAGAAGCGGCCUGCGGUCAAUGAUAGCCACUCGAAUACUUUAAAUGAAUAUAGCAAAGCUCCCUCUCCUCCUGAGGCUAUCACCGGUGCGCCACCUGCAUUUAGAGGUCAGUCCUCGUCACCUGCGCUUAUGAGAAGCCCAUUCCCAGAGUCAUCGAUCGAUAGCAGGAGUCAUGGCUCGACCCCGGUAGGCUCAGCAGCCCUUGAUCUCCUAAGCGACAUUACUGACGUUCUCCAGGUCAGUCGAGUACAUCCUCAGCAAGCUCAUCGCAACACCAGCGAUCCAGUCGCAAUGCAUCUACUUAUGGAGACAGCGAUGGUCGAUAGCAAGGCAUUCGAAAUACUCUCUUUCGAAGAGGUGGAGGAGUUGAAAAGAGAAAAAGCAUCACUUCAAAAUCGCAUAGAGGCGACAAGACGAAAGCUCGCCCUGGAAAGAAAGCUGAGAGAUGCUGCGCAGUCUUUGAAUAGAUUAUACUCGACGAAGGGGCCUAAGGACAAUGAGGGGCUAAUGGUCGAUGGUUCGCGGAGAUCGCCCGAAAAGGCAAGGGAAAGCCUCGGAAACCGCUCAAGUUCAGACGAUAUGUUGAAUCGGGCUGAUGACGAGUUUGUAGUGAGUAAUCGAAAAUGUGAUGGUUUGACGCACGAUCUGUCCAAUAUGGAGAAGCGCUCUGAAGAAGUGGAAAAGCGUAUUCUGGAGCACACCGCCGGGAUACUACAGUUAACCCAUAGAGGACUCAAGAAGAAUGUUCGCAACUCUACCCUACCGAGGAGUCCUGAGAGCAUGGCAAGCAUUAAUCAUAAGAGCAUGACUCAUUUUGACGGCCUUGACGAGUUCGACGAUCGAAGUCUGUAUAAGAGUCUCGAGUACUUCGACGAACAUAGUGGAGGAGAUCGAAAGGCAGAUUUGCAAAUGCUGGAGCAUACCGAGAAACAGCUAGAUGACAUGAACAAUCGGUUACGCGAUAUGGUGCUUCAAGCGGACCCGAAUCAACAGAUCAAUAUGCCGCCGCAAAAGCUUACUAGCCCGGCAGCACAACAGAGUGGCGCUCAGAUACAGGCGCAUCUGGACUACCUGGGUCGAGCACUGGAAUCCAUGGAAGCAGCUCAAUCACGGACUGUCCAAGAUGCACAACGGGAAGUCUAUGAUUCAGAAGACCAAAUGGAAGAUAUCAACCUCCGUCUGCACGACAUGCUUCAGAAGACGAACAACGUUGUUCAAUCUCCAUCAGGGAUUGCACCUGACUCGAGAGGCAAAAGCCUCCAAUCACAACUCUCCUUCUCUAACAUGGUUUUAGAACGUCUAGAUCAGCGUGUGGAGCAUCUAGUCGAGCAGAAGGAAAUCCUAUCGAGGCAGAUCCAACAGCAAAGGGAGCUCAAUUCGAAGUCUGAUGCCCAAAGAGAUGCUCAAAUCAUGGACUUGACCAAUGAAUUGUCGAAUGCAAGGCGCCAACAGGCUGUCCUUGAAGAAGAGGCCGAGAGAUCAGCAAACCAGAUUCAUCUCCUUAUGGAACAAUUGGACUCGGCGCGUCAGGAGUCCGUCCUGCUUGACCAAAAACGGCAAUCAGAUGACAGAAAAGUUUUACAGGCGGAGAAGGAUGGCAGAAAGAAAGCCGAGGACAAUCUCACCAAGCUGAAAGGAAUCUUGCAGGCAGAAAGAGAUUCCAAAAAGAAAGCUGAGGACCAUCUCGCCAAGUUGAAAGGAGUACUGCAAGCAGAAAAGGCUGCCAAAGGGCGGGCAGAACAGAGUCUCUCCAAGCUUCAAACAACAUUACAGGAAGAGAAGGACUCCAAGUCACGAGCGGAAGAGAGCUUAACCAAAUUACAGAGCACAUUGCAGGCUGGCAAUGAUGCUCAACGGCAAGUUAAUGAGAACAUUGCUCAGCUACAAGCUGCAGUGCAAGCAGAAAAGGACGCCAGAAGCCGUGCUGAGGACAGCCUAGCUCAACAAGAAGGGUCACUGCGACAAGAGAGAGAUGCUCGACGGCACGCGGAUGACACGCUUACACAAUUGCAGGAAACACUUGAAGCCGAGAAAGAUGCCGCGAGGAAUCUCGAAGGACAAUUAACGGAGGUCCAAGGAGAUCUGGAUGAAGCCAGAAUUGACAAAGCACAGGCUGAAGCCGAGGUUGAGAGAUGUCGCAAUGAAAUCAAGGACCUGGAAAGUGCUGUGGUUCGAGCACAGACUGACCUUACCGUGGUCCGCGCCGAGUUAGACGGCGCAUAUGGAACCCGAGCGCAGAGAGCAGCCGAUGUUACAAUGAACCCGGCUGUGCAGAAAGAGAUUGAUGACCUCAACGACAAGAACACUUCGCUGCAGAAUGAAAUCAACUAUCUCAAGGGCCAAGAGUCGGGCAGUUCUGAGCUCAAGAACAAGGUUGACGUACUUCAGAAAGAGCUGAAGGAGACCAUCGAGGACUACGAGCUUAUGACCAAGGCCAGCAUUGAGUUUGAGAAGGACCGCGAGCAACUUGAAGCCGCGGUGGAUACCUUGCGAGAAAAGUGCGAAGCUCUUGAAGCACAGUUGAGUGAUGAGAAAGUCAAGUGGCUUGGUAUGAAAAGUCCAGGUGUUCAGGGCCCCGGCAGCCCUUCCACUUCGACCAUGGUCUUGAAGAACGAGUUCAAAAAGAUGAUGCGAGACACCCGGGCCGAAAAUCUGAAAGCUCUCCGGGCGGAGCAAGACGAACGAAGAAGACUUGAAGCGCUCGUACGAAGUCUGAAGGCUGAGCAGCAACAAUCUUCUCGACGAGCAGCAGGAGCGCCAACUGCAAACGACUCAAAAUAA